AUGGGAACUAAAUCAUCCAUAGUACCAUUGGAAAAGCUCAAAGCAAGCACGUACACUGCCUUGUUCAUCUCAGAUUUCAAAGUCCAAGAGGAAGAAUUUUCAUCAUUAACAAAGAGUUACAAAGUUUUAAUGGACCUAGAUACAACAUGUUUCGAAGUUAUUUGGGUGCCAAUGAUGGUGGAUAAUCAAUCUGCUACUUGGACUGCAGACAACAAAAGAAAGGUUUCAAACAUGGGCGCUUCCAUGCCUUGGUAUUGGGUUUAUGACCCUUCAACCAUUAAACCUUCAUUUCUGCAACGUGUGAAAGAAGAAUGGCAUUUCCAAGGGGUGCCUAUAUUGGUGAUCCUUGAGAGGGAAGGCUAUUUAACUCACACCAAUGCUCUUCCCAUGAUGGAGAUUUGGGGACCUUCAGCCUACCCUUUUACUAAAAAUGUUGAAGAGCAGCUCCAUAAAGGGUUAAGCGAUGCAAUUGACUACACGUGUUCUGCCAAUGAUAAGCCAAACAUGGAAAAAUGGGUUAAUGAAGGGAAGAUUAACUUCAUCAAUUUUUACGACCAGCCAAAGAUAGAAAAAAGGGUUGAGGAAGGGAAGAUAAUUUGCUUCUAUGGAAGCCAUAACAAAAGUUGGAUAACAAGAUUUCUGCAGAAGAUGGAACUUAUUGCUGUGCAAACAAAUUUCCAAAUGGUGAUUACUUAUGUCGGCACAAACAAGAAGAAAGACGAAUUACCAAGCAUCUUGACCUCCAUCGACAAUACUAGGGCUUCUUUCAUCAAAACAAAAUAUAGUAGGGUUUGGUCUAGUGAGGAAAUCCUAUCAUUCUGGCACAAUUUGGAGAUGUCAAAAUCUCCCAAGAAGAUGAAAGUGCGAGUUCCAGUGAGGAAAGAGUUUAUUAGCAUAUUAAGUUACGAUGAGGAUGAGGAUGGGUGGGCUCUAAUUUUCUGCGACUCCAAACAAGAAAUUGUCAAAUCUAGUGGGAACAAAUUGAUUGAAUCUUUGAACAGCUUCACCAUAAGUGGAUCAAGAAUUCAGGAACCUAAGGAUUUCCUAAGAGAGCUAAAUGAAGGUCUACGAGUCAAGCAUGCUACUCAUCAAGAACAUGGCAAAAGCAUGAGGGUCCCAGCAACGGAUGGUUAUCCUGAUUCUGAAUGGAAGUUCUGUAGUGAAUGUGAGAGCUUUAUGUAUUAA